AUGAAGGACCGUCUCGAAUAUGCGUUGCUGCCAAAUGGAAUCCGUCAGCAAGAGCAGUUUCUCCCAGCCGGUUCCCUUGAGUCAAUUUGUACCGAAGUAACUGUAUUUACUGAGCUUUCUAGGUACUUCGACGAGGAAGAGACUAAGCAAGUUACGUCCUAUAUAUGCGACCGAAGAAAACCUGCCAAGAAGAUAUUUGCUAUCUUAGCACUCAUAAACCGCAUUGAGUUAAUCGAAACCUUCCGAAAUGCGACGUUUAUUGACGAAGACUUGCCGCUCGCAAAGAACAUUGAAGAGUCGGAAUUACGAUCUCGCCGGCCAGACGAUCAGCGUGCCGUCCUGCUUACCAGGAGCCUACGAGACAUCAAGGCCAUACGCGACUUCAACCUCAAACAGUGGUGGGUGAAUAUCCCCUUCUUUGACAAGGGUAUCAAUCAGACCUAUGGGUAUCUGGUGUUUGAUUCGGAUACAAUUAUGCCUUGGGAAUCUGCUGGGCACAGCAUCGUCACUGGAGGGUAUGGGUUUGUUCAGAAGGUCAAGAUUCACAAAGACCACCAUUCUUUCCCAGGACAUAAAGGUUUUGCAUUAAAGACUAUACUGCCAGUAAAGGAAAAAGCUCGAGGUAUUUUCCAGAAGGAGUUAGUCGCUUUUCGCAAGGUCUGUCCCAGACCAAAUCUAGUGGAGCUCCUCUCUGCUUUCGAGAUAUCGGGAAAAGAUCAGUUUAUGCUUUUGUUCCCCUGGGCAGAGGGAGGUAGCAUGGAUGACUUGAUGAACCAAUCGUCAAAGGAUCUCUUCAUUUCUCUGCAAUUGCCACCAAGAGACUUUGUUCAAUGGAUCACAUCCCAAUGCCGUGGCUUGGUUGAAGCUCUUGGGGAAAUCCACCAAGCCAAUAUCGUUACUGGGUCUGCUGAGGAGGAAGCCUCCAAAAGCCAAGUUAAGAACUUCGGGAUACACCUUGAUAUCAAACCGACCAACAUUCUAUACUUCUCUCAAGAAACAGCCAACCAUCCACUUGGAAUUCUCAAAAUUGCAGAUUUUGGUCUCACCAGGUUUCACAGUCAAUCAUCUCGAACAAGAAAAAGUCGAUCUACUGCGUAUAGAUGCUCGCAAGAAUACCGUUCACCCGAACAUGAUAUUGGGUAUAUCAUCUCUAGGAAAGUCGACAUAUGGGCACUUGGCUGCGUCUUCUCUGAACUCUUCACCUGGAUACUUCUUGAACAUAAAGCACGUGAAGAGUUCCGUCAAGCAAGAAAGCAAGAUGCCUUAUUCUCAGGAGACUGGAACUACAUCCAGAAUGGCGAAAACGACAUUGAGGACAACUUUUUCCAGAGACAUAUCGAGAUGAAGGGUACGAAGACUUUUUAUAGGCUACUACGAGAUCAUCCGAAGAUUGGACACGUCAAGCAAACCUGGGUUGCAAGAAAAGAGAAAGCAAGAUUGGAUCAAGCAAAUUCCUCUGCUAGCUCCAGACAGUUCAAGCAGAUACCAAGGCUCAAGCCCAGCGUAUCACAGUGGAUUGCAAAGCUUGUAAAUGAAAUACAUUGUAGGAACGGGCCGACCUUUCUUGGAAAGUUCUUAAGGUUCAUUGAGAAGGAAAUGCUGCACCCAGAUAGGAUAUGUCGAGCUGAUUGUGAUAGGAUUCUAAGGUAUCUUGACUAG